AUGAUUAUUUCAAAAGAUUUGUUUUUGCUGGGGGAUCAAGACUAUUUGAGGCUCCCGAAUAAAGACGAAAAACGGCCCACUAUGUUAAGACCUGCAGUCAAACCACAAAGGGUAGAUUCAAAUGUAGUCCAUUUCCCAUGUCUCAUAACAGAUCACCGUCCCUUGCCGGUUCACCUGGCAUUUCGAGGCAUCACAGUUAGCGCUGGAAACAGGACAAUCCUUCAGGAUGUCGAUGGUUUGGUGCGUCCCGGUCAAGUCCUGGCCAUCAUGGGACCAUCCGGAUGUGGAAAAACAACCCUCCUUAACGCUUUAAGCGGUAGAAGAAAGUUGGACUCGGGGCAAAUAUUCCUCAACCGCGAUCCUCUGUGUAAACGUUGGAAAAGAAAGAUUUGCUACGUCCUGCAGCAGGAUAUUUUUUUUCCUGCUCUAACCCUAAGGCAGACUCUAGAAUAUACGGCCAGGUUAAGACUGCCUGAUACCUUGAGUUACUCACAAAAAAUGCAGUAUGUUGAUCAUAUUAUUGACGUGUUGGGACUUGUUAAUGUUCAAGAUACUAUUAUUGGUGAUUAUAUUCAGAGGGGGUUAAGUGGGGGCGAGAAAAAACGUGCCAAUAUCGCCUGCGAGCUGCUCACAAACCCUUCAAUUAUGCUUCUAGAUGAACCAACUUCCGGGUUGGAUUCUCAUGCAGCGCACAGUCUAAUGACGACACUAAAAAGAUAUGCAGUUUUGGAAGGAAAAACUGUAGUUAUAACUUUACAUCAACCAUCCUCACAAAUAUUCCACCUAUGUGAUAAACUCCUUUUACUCUGUAACGGGCAAACGGCAUAUUAUGGCGAUACCUGUAAAGUGGUGGACUUUUUUAGCAGUAUAGGGUUGAAUAUUAUGUUGCAUUAUAACCCUGCAGAUUUUAUAUUGGAGCAAGUAAAAGGUCCUCCAGAGCUUCGACAAAGAAUUAUAAAUGCUGCUAGAGAAUUACGUAAAAGUAAAGAAUAUCCAAUGGAGUUAAUAAACCACGAAUGCGCGUAUAUUACAGAAAAAUACAUUGAUCAUACAAAUAAAAUUCUUCCAGCAUCGCAUGGACCAUAUCCAAGUUUAGAACAAGACACACUGAACUCCAUGGAACCGGAUGUUCGAAGAUUAUGGCUGGACACCCACUCGCAUGCUUCCUCCUCAGUAAGUUCGGACACCAAUGACUCGGACUGUUACUUUUCCUGGCCGACUAGUUUUUGGACACAAUUUAAAGUGUUGUCACAGCGAAAUUUCCAAGAAGCAAGACCAAGGAUGUUAAGUAAAUUGCACUGGGUUCAAACCAUAGGUUUGGGGCUUUUAGCAGGCUUACUUUGGUUUCAAUUGGAGAGAAAGGAAGAGGCAUUACACGAUAUCCAAGGCUGGAUGUUUUUUUCCACGACUUACUGGAUGUUGUUUGCACAUUUUGGAGCUCUAAGUUCAUUUCCUCCAGAAAGAGAAGUGAUAAGUAAAGAAAGACAGUCUGGUGCAUACAGACUAUCAGCGUAUUAUUUAGCCAAAAUGGUGGGUGAACUACCUUUAACAGUAACACUGCCAGCUGUAUACCAUUUUAUAUCAUAUCCUAUGUUAGGUUUUCACUCACCAACAGUAUUUAUAAAGUUACUGGGUUUCUUACUGCUAAACACUAUAGUGGCGCAGUCGGUAGGAUUCUUUAUAGGAGCGUGUUGUAUGGACAUGCAGUUAAGCAUUACAAUUAGCGCCCUCUACACGCUGGCGACGCAGUUAUUUGGUGGUUACCUGGCGACGAAUAUACCUGUUUGGUUAACUUGGAUGCGCUAUCUUUCAAUGGUGCAUUAUGCCUACCAAAAUAUGCAGAUUGUGGAGUUUGGAGAGGAGCACCCUAUCAAGUGUGCCGAACAGUCCAAGUUCUCAGUUUGCAACAAAUCUGAAAAUAUACCCAUGUCUUCAAUACUGGAGGCUCAAGGAGCGGAUUUGCCGCUCUGGGCGAAUACAAUCGUACUGUUAGCCUUCCUAUUCGUCUUUCGUACAUUAGGUUAUGUUGUCCUUAGAUAUUUUAAGACUCCAAAGUGACAACCAUGCAUUUUUUAAUUAUUAUUAUUAUUUUGUAUCUAAAAAAUUGUGAUAAAUUACAAUAGAUAUUAAUCGUAUAUACCGAAAGAAAAAAACGUUAAUCAAAAUUUCAUUCAACAUACAUUGUUAUGGACUGCGUUAAAAAUAUAAACAGGCUGUGCUUUAAUUGUAAUUUUAAGUUUUUAAUUUUAAUUGUUCAUUCCCAUAAUUGUUUUAAGUAUAAAGAAUUGACUUAGCUUUAAUAUAACCUAGUCUUGUUCAUAACAAAAGCGUUGCUGGAACAAGUAACAAAUAAACAAACAAAUAAGCUUUUUAAUCAAAACCUAAAUUGUAUUAAAACAUGUAUAUUUAAAUUACCUUAGACUGAAUGCUAUUCAACCAUAUAUCAUAGAUACAGUUCUGUAAUUCUGGUG